GAGGGAAGGAAGAGAAAGGAUAGAAAGGGAGUGGAGCUGGCACCUACGGUGGCCGAAGAGGGACGCGCCGAGCCGGAGGCUGCAGGAUGAUGCGAUUCAUGCUGCUGUUCAGCCGUCAGGGAAAGCUGCGGCUGCAAAAAUGGUACCUGGCCACGUCAGAUAAGGAACGGAAGAAGAUGGUUCGGGAGCUUAUGCAGGUUGUUCUGGCUCGAAAACCCAAGAUGUGCAGCUUCCUGGAGUGGAGGGACCUCAAAGUUGUCUAUAAGAGAUAUGCCAGCCUCUAUUUCUGCUGCGCCAUUGAGGGCCAAGACAAUGAGCUCAUCACGCUGGAGCUGAUCCACCGGUAUGUGGAGCUCCUGGACAAAUACUUCGGCAGCGUGUGCGAACUGGACAUCAUCUUCAACUUUGAGAAGGCCUACUUCAUCCUGGAUGAGUUUUUGAUGGGAGGGGACGUCCAGGACACCUCUAAGAAGAGUGUGCUGAAGGCUAUUGAGCAGGCAGACCUGCUGCAGGAGGAGGAUGAGUCGCCACGCAGUGUGCUGGAGGAGAUGGGUCUGGCAUAGCCCCUGCCGGCCGGGCCCCGUGGAGCUAGGGGAGCUGGUGGAGAGGCAGGGCAUGGUGGCUGCUUCUCCCGUGUCCCUCAGGGCCCUUCUCUUGGUGGGACCCAGUUGCCCCUCCUCUGCCGCCUCACCUUCUUUGGAGGGAGCCGUGGGCUCCGGCCCUUCAAACAUUCCCUUCCUCCACCCUCCCUUUCCCACUGAAGGCUUUCGGAGCUAGAAGGCAGGAAAAUGUGACCAAGAUGGGGUGCUAUUUGGCUGUUCCCUGCCUUUGAAGAACCAAUGUCACCCAGAAAUCCUCCCCCACUUACCACUGUAAAUAUAUAAAUAUGUCAGGUUAAAGGGAAAAGGUUUUCAGGGCUCUUCUCUCCCCUCUGCCCCAAAACCUACCUCCACCCUCCCCCUAGCCAGCCAGGGCAGCUUCUCUGCCUGGGAGGGGGCCUUUUCCCUCACCUGCCCCCACUUCCUCCUUGGCUUUAGUGGGGCCCCUGUCCAGCACCAGGGCAGGAACUACUUAGUUAAUUUUUUUCUAACCUUGCCACUUUGAGGGAAGGAAGGGCUGGGGGAAGGGCAGGCUUUCUGGGACACUGGCCCUGUGCCUCCUCCAUUCUGUUCUGGGUGAGGCAAGAGCUAAGGGGGAGGGGUGGGCAAGUGUCCACCUUUAUUUCCUUUCUUC